CAUUAUUUUGCCAUUUCACGUUCAGCUGGCAGCGAAAUCGAAAGUGACUGCUCUCUCAAGAUACCCAGACCGAAGCGGAGACCGAGACCAAGACUGAGACUGAGAUCGAGACCGCAGCCCCCUCGAAGACGAUCGACCAAGAGGCGACACUUCCAGUUCAUGCUGAAGCCAAAUAGCUGUUGACUUUCAAAAGUGUCAAUAAAAUUUAUGUUAAAAAACAAGUUGAUUGAACAACAACAUUGAACGGCAGCGAACGGCCAGCAAACAACAGCAACAGCAACAGCAACAACAACAACAACAGCAAGGAGAGCGACCAGCAAGCAACAGCCACAAAAGUGAACCGCCAAAGGAGUCACCAAAAUGCUGCUCAAAAUCUGCAUACUGGGCCUAGGACUGGCCAUGCUGGUGACAUACCAUCCCGCCGCAGCUGCCGCUGCCGCUGCAGAGCCACAGCCACUGACACCUAGCGAGAGUCAGCGGGCAGAGGAGACAGUGGCCAGCGUACCCUUUGAGACGUCGCACAAGCACCCGGAGGCCCACAGCGAGGACGGUUUCCAUACAGCGCACCGAAUUAGCGUGAGGGCCACCGACGCUGCCGACUACUCGAUGAAUCUGCUGCCCACGAAGGAGCGGCCCGAGCUGAAUCCCGUGCUCAGCGCUUUGAUCAACGAGGACGUGAUGAAGAGCAUCGAGGCGAAGCGCGCUAUCGAGGAGGAGGAGCUGGCCGAGGUGAGGCGCGAGAUCGAGGAGGCGGCGCUGGCCGAGCUCGCACAGCGGACCACAGAGGCGCCAGUACCACAGCUGACAACGCUGCCCUCGGCCACCAAGAAGAUUGACAAUCUGGACGAUGAGGUGGUGGUGGAUCCGCACGACGACUUCGUGAACCAGAACUUCCCGCUGGAGGGAGCCGGCAGCGAGAACAGCAAGAAGUCGCGCAUCGAGAUCAAGAAAGGACCCAACGGCCAGGACUACGAGUACGAGUAUGUCUACUACUAUGAUGAGGACGAAGAUGCCGCCGCCCCGUCCAAGCCGACCGUCGUGGAGGCCGCUGGCGACCCGGAAACCCGCGGAAAGACUCGCUACACCAACAUCGAGCGCAGCACCCCGGCCAGCCCCAGCGAGAACAGUCUGCAGAGCGGCAAGGCCAAGGGCCGGUCCUCGUCUUCAUCAGCAUCCGUCGUCAGUGAGCCCGCCGAGGACAUCGAGCUGGAGCGUCUGCCGGUGAACACGCGCUUCCCCAGUCGCGGCAAGAACAUCGACGUGCCGCCAACGCCUGCUCUGGACUCGCUGGAGACGGCCGCCGAGCGCAAGAAGAUCAGCGUGAAGCGCCCCAGCCUGGAGCUGGUCGACAGCGAGACCUUCAACACGGACGAGAAGCAGCAGAAGGGCUCCCGCAAUGGCGACAACGAGCUGAAGCCAGUGAUUGCCGUCGAGCAGGAGCAGGCCGCCGCUGCCGCCAAGGAGCGGGAACUCAAGAAGCAGGAGGAGCAGCAGGCGCAGGGCGAGCUGGCGGGCAUUACCGAUGAGGCUGAGCAGACGACGCCCUCAAUGGAGAAGGCGGCCCUCGAUCUGUAUGCGAUCCUCACCAACGAGAACCUCAACAACGAGCAGACGACCUCAGACGAUGGAGCGCUGGAGGAUGCCACAACACUCAGCCCGGACACGGCCAGCACAGACGAGGAUGACGGCAGCCUGACGACGCUCCAGGAGGAGCUCUCGUCGACCAGCAGCACGACCACCAGCACCACCAGCACCACCACCACGGAGGCACCCACCACCACCACGACGACGACGACAACGACAGCGACACCCUCAUUGUACGGCGGUCGUCGUUCCGGACUGAAUGGCCUGGCCGGACGCAAUCGCUUCAAGUUGCGCGAAGGUGGAGCCGCAGCCGGAGCCACAAGCACGACCAGCACCACCGAAACGCCUGCCACUGAGGCCACCAAAACGGGCAGAAAUCGCUUCUCGCGUCCAUCAAUCGGUGGUCGUUCCCGUCCUGGUGCACGCACCACUGCCAGCCCCGAGUCGAGUUCCGCAGCCGCAUCUGCCGCUGGCGCAGAGGAGGAGGUCGUGGCCGUCAAGGAAGUGAAGCCCGUCAGUUCAGGAUUCGCGCGCGGCAGACCCCGCAAUCGCUUCAACCUCCGCGGCUCGACCACAAGCAGCACCACCGAGAGGUCCGCUGAGGAGGCAGCCGAUGGAUCUGCCUCCCCGGAUGCUGUGUCCUCCACAACUGCACGCAGCACACUGCGAGGUCGCCCUGGUCUUGGACUGAGAGGACGCAGCCGCACCACCACCACCAAGGCGCCCGCAGGCGAGGGAUCCACCGCCGAUGAGGCCACCAACUCGGAGGAAGGCAAGGCCGCCGCAGCACCGGCUGCAGCUCCAGCGGAGGGUGUGCGCCCUUCGCGCUUCAAUCUGCAUCGCGCCGGAGGCAACCGCCUGCUGCCACGCGGCAAACUCGGCCGUGCCGGAGUGAGCACGGAGGCUCCCAAGGCUGAGGCACCCGAGGACUCGGCGGCGGACAGCACCAGCCACCACAACGAUGUGAAGGGGGCCACCGUGGAGGCCACCGAGGGCGCCGAGAAGACUGAGGGCGGCGAUGCCGCUGGCGCCGCCGCAGGGCCCGUGUCCGGCUUCAAUCGCCUCAAGAACCGGCCGCGCCUUAACGCUCUGCACAAGACUGAUGCGGCCAAGCCGAAGGCAGCCGCAGGCGCAGCCCCCUCCCCGGCGGCGGUGGCGCCACGCAAAAUCAACCCGCUGCUAGCCAAGCGUCGUCUGCACCUGGGCGGUGCGGCUGCGGCAGCAGCUACCUCGACCACAGAACUCCCCACUGAGGAGGAGCACGCAUCGUCGGACGGCGACUCCGCAGAGCACACAGGCAAGGAGGAGUCAAAUGCCGGCUCCGAUGAGUCCGGCUCGGACGGUGCCGCCAAGGAUCAGGAUACAACAGAGGCCGCGGAGACCACCACCAAGCAGCAGGCCCGCGGUCUGGGUCUGCUCGGCCAGCGUCGUCGCCUGCCACUGCGUAAGCCCGGCACAAUACUGUAAGGCCGGACAGGAUGGAUGACGACUGGCCCUCAACACUGAGUGCGCCCAGAGGCACAAUCUCUGCCCGGGGAGUACUCAAACUCUGCCUACAUUUCAAUCCUGAAUUCUGAAUUCUGACUCCUAAAUCCUGAAUAGAAUACUCGUCCUACUUCUGGGUGGUUUCAAACGCGGUAUACUCGUAACUCUUGUGGAUCGCCAGCGAUAUUUUCACUUUAAGUUUCUUGUCCCCUUUCCCCAUUUCCGUUCCCUGUCCUCGGCCCUUGUCCGUUCCACGAACGCAAUUAGCUUUGUACACAUUACACUAAUUACUAUACUUAUAAAUACGAAGAAUACUAUUUAAGAUCCUUCGCGAAGUCACCAAACGAGAGAGAAAGAGAGAAAGAGAAAAGAGAGAGAGUGCGAAAGAAAAGCGAAAGAAACGAGGAGAUCUAAGCCACUUGUAGACCACUAAGCCGAGAAUGUUACUGCAAUGCGAUCCCCCCAAAUGCUAUAGCCGCGUCGCCACGGAUAUGCCGUGCAUUGCAGUUACAUUAUCUAUUAUAUUUUUUUUGAGAUACAUUUAUAAAGAAACGACUUUUAA